UUGGGAGUUUGAGCUGGAAAGACUAUGGGUGGCUGUUUGCCUGUAGCCCUGCUGUGCUUGCAAUGGAAGUGGGCUCUUCCCUGGGCCAUGCUCUUGCUUCUGGUAAGUUCCCAGCUGCAGGUGACUCACAGCUGGACCUCUCAAGAUGAAAUGAAGAAUGAUGAAGAAAAAAUCAUGGAAAGUUAUUUCCCUGCCACUGUGGAAUAUGCCUUACACAUAUUCAACCAGAAGAGCAAGGACAUGAAUGCCUACAGGCUGGUGCGCAUCUUGAAUUCCUGGAAGGAGCAGGUAGAGACAAUGAUGGCUUUCUCCAUGGAGUUGGAGCUUCGCAGAACCAGGUGUGGGAAACUUGAUGAUGACAUUGACAAUUGCCCCUUUCAAGAAAGCCCGGAGCUUAACAAUACCUUCACCUGCUUCUUCACUAUCAGCACCGAACCCUGGAGAACUAUGUUCCAACUCCUAAACAAGACCUGCCUGGAGGGGUUCCACUAAGUGAUAUCACACCUCAGCACAGCCUCUGUACCCUACUUGGACAACCAGCAGUUCCCUGUAAUUGGCCCUUUAUUGGCUGAGCUGCUCUGAACUCUGUUCUCUGCCUUGAAAAUAUCUAAGGUCUCUUGCACCCAAGCAUUGUGGAAAUUCCUCAUUGCCCAUUAUUUAAUGUAGAAUAGAUCAUUAAACAUCAGCAUUUCGAACUCUA